ACAAAGCUCACAUCAGCCAACGAACCACCCCCGGCGUACAGCAGUACACCGCCCGUCUACGACGUUCGGGCUCCCUCGCCUACGCCCAGUCGGCUGUCGGCCAUCACGGCCACCACGCCCGAGGACAAAUAUGCCUUCCUCUCUGCUUUUGAUACCGUCUUUUUGAUCGACGACUCGGGCUCUAUGGCGGGGCGCUCCUGGCGUGAGGUGCAAUCCGCCCUGUCGUCCAUCACGCCCAUCUGUACUGCACAUGACGCCGACGGCGUUGACAUCUACUUUUUAAACCACCGUACCUCGCGGCCUGCCCUCCCACAACAAGGCAAGGCCGCCGGUGGCUACCCCAACGUGACGGAUGCCGCCAAGGUCGAGCGUAUUUUCACUGCGGUGCGGCCCGCCGGCAUGACGCCUACCGGCACGCGUCUGAAUCAUAUCCUCAAGUCCUAUCUGAGGCACUAUGAGAAUGCCAUCGAGAGGUGCGGUGGUGAUCCUGACGGGACCGACGUGAAGCCUAUCAACGUCAUCAUGAUUACCGACGGCGUGCCCUCCGAUGACCCUGAGAGCGUGCUGCUGAGCGUCGCCCAGAAGCUCGACAGGCUUGAGGCGCCGCCGCACCAGGUCGGUGUGCAGUUUUUCCAGGUGGGUAACGAGCCCGGCGCGAGCGAGGCCCUGCGUGCGCUAGACGAUGAUCUCUCGGAGCUCGGUGGUGGCGUGAGGGAUAUGGUGGACACGGUGACCUUUGGGGGGCGCAGCGAUGGCGGUAGCAGCCUGAUGUCGAGGAGGGAACCUGUGCCAGUGUUGAGCGCCGAUGCGAUCCUCAAAGUAGUACUCGGUGCAGUGGUCAAGAGGCUGGAUCGCGCUAGGAUCGCCGAGGAGGAGCGGAGAAGUAUGAGAAGUGGCAUGUUGCAGCCCUAG